AUGGAGUUUUUCAUCAGUAUGUCUGAAACCAUUAAAUACAAUGACGAUGAUCAUAAAACUCUGUUUCUGAAAACCCUAAACGAGCAGCGCCUGGAAGGAGAAUUUUGCGAUAUCGCGAUUGUGGUGGAGGAUGUCAAGUUCAGGGCGCACAGGUGUGUCCUUGCCGCCUGCAGCACCUACUUUAAAAAGCUUUUCAAGAAGCUUGAGGUCGAUAGCUCUUCAGUGAUAGAAAUAGAUUUUCUCCGUUCUGAUAUAUUUGAAGAGGUCCUGAAUUACUUGUACACGGCAAAGAUUUCUGUGAAAAAAGAAGAUGUUAACUUAAUGAUGUCAUCGGGUCAGAUUCUCGGUAUCCGAUUUUUGGAUAAACUCUGUUCUCAGAAGUGGGACGUGUCCAGUCCGGACGAAAGUAAUGGCCAAUCCAAAAGCAAGUACUGUCUCAAGAUCAAUCGCCCCAUUGGAGAUGCUGCUGACACUCAGGAUGAUGACGUGGAGGAAACUGGAGACCAAGAUGACAGUCCCUCGGAUGACACGGUAGAAGGCACCCCCCCAAGUCAGGAGGACGGCAAGUCGCCCACGACGACGCUCAGGGUCCAGGAAGCGAUCCUGAAAGAGCUGGGGAGUGAGGAGGUGCGGCAAGUCAAUUGCUAUGGCCAGGAAGUCGAAUCCAUGGAGACCCCCGAGUCCAAGGAUCUGGGAUCCCAGACCCCUCAAGCCUUAACAUUUAACGAUGGGAUGAGUGAAGUGAAGGAUGAACAGACCCCAGGCUGGACCACAGCUGCCAGCGACAUGAAGUUUGAGUACCUGCUGUACGGCCACCACCGGGAGCAGAUCGCCUGCCAGGCCUGCGGGAAGACGUUUUCGGACGAGGGCAGGCUGAGAAAGCACGAGAAGCUGCACACGGCCGACCGGCCCUUUGUCUGCGAGAUGUGCACCAAGGGCUUCACCACCCAGGCCCACCUGAAGGAGCACCUGAAGAUCCACACGGGCUACAAGUCCUACAGCUGCGAGGUGUGCGGCAAGUCGUUCAUACGCGCCCCGGACUUGAAGAAGCACGAGCGGGUCCACAGCAAUGAGCGGCCCUUCGCCUGCCACAUGUGCGACAAGGCCUUCAAACACAAGUCCCACCUCAAGGACCACGAGCGCAGGCAUCGGGGCGAGAAGCCCUUCGUGUGCGGCUCCUGCACCAAGGCCUUCGCCAAGGCGUCGGAUCUGAAACGGCACGAGAACAAUAUGCACAGCGAGCGGAAGCAGGUCACCCCCAGCGCCAUGCAGAGCGAGACCGAGCAGAUUCAGGCGGCGGCCAUGGCCGCGGAGGCCGAGCAGCAGCUGGAGACCAUUGCCUGCAGCUAG